AUGCCUAAGUAUUACUGCGACUACUGUAAGUCGUAUUUGACUCAUGACACAAUGAGUGUCAGGAAGUCUCAUUUGAUGGGCAAGAACCAUAUUAGAUAUUAUUGCAAUUACUAUGAAACUAAGGCAAAGGAAACUGGCAUUUGGGAUCCCACAGAACUUCCUUAUGAAAUAACUCUCGCUUAUUUGAACCGUAAUGCUCCUGGAAGUUCCAAUAAAAAAGUAGGAGAGAAUGAGUUUUUAUUACCGCCACCUCCAAAUCUACCCAACUUUCCAAACCCUCCACCAUCGAUCUUGAGGCAUACCGAUGAGUACCAGAAAUCUAUAGCGAAACAUACCAGCGGAGCUCAAUAUUAG